GCCUCUAUUCGUGAAACCUAAACUCUUCUUAGUAUCCCUAGUUCCUUCAACAUUGUUCAUGAUCUCCGGGACCAAAACUUGAAAAUGGAGAUUAAUCCAUCCUGCAUAGAAAAUUUGGAGCCAACAAUGUCGAGUGAUGAUCUUGAUCAAGUUCUAGGCCAUGCUAAAUCUUACAGAUGCACUUUCUGUAAACGUGGUUUCUCUAAUGCACAAGCACUAGGAGGGCAUAUGAACAUUCAUAGAAGAGACAGGGCUAAGCUUAAAGAGUUUUCCAGCCUAGACAUUCUUUCUUUGGACAUCAAGAGAAUGGAUUCUGCUGAUAGUCCUCUGGCUUCUGCCAACCAGAACAUGCCGAAAACAGCAAUUAUUGCGUCUGGAGAAGUUGAUUCAGCAGUCGAGCCUAAUGAAAAUUCUAAAACUGUGCAAGGUUUAGCUUUGUUUACUGAGGAACCAUUGGUUAUCAAUGAUGAAGGAGAAAACAGUCAUUUUGGCGAGAAUAUGGAGAGCAGCCAGGAGGUUACCGAUGGCUCUACGCAGGCUGAAGUAGACCUUGAACUUCGUUUAGGGCCUGAACCAGAUCAUGAUGCAUCCACAAAGCAAUAGUUUUGAAUCUGGGAAAAUAUACUUCUGGAUCAUUGUUCAAGUGUAGAAUUGUCCACUUAUAAGGAAAAGGAUAUCUUAUUAUAUUAUUUCAAGAAUUAUCAAGUGAAGUUCGAAGACUAAUUAUAUGGUUAGUUUUUUCAAUUUUUGCUGGUAUAUAAUCACUUUACCUUCAUUUGCUUCUAGUGAUGUAUGAAGCUAAUAUAUUUUUGAAGUCACAUCAAUAUGUAAUAUAUAUGUCUAAUAAAAGCUGAGAUCAGCUGCUUCAUCUAGCUUCAGUAUUGACGCUUAAUAAGAAUGUAAUUUUGGAGGUAUUAGUAUGA